UCCGUUAGGCAGGGUAUAAAUACCUAGAUGGAGCAUGAACCAAACAGCAUUUCUUGCAAUGGGAAAGUUAUUGGCACUACUCGCAGUCCUCUGCCUUAGCCAGGUUAUCGGUGCUGAACGCAUCGUCAACUGCUACUGGGGCACCUGGGCCAACUACCGCAGCGGCAAUGGCAAGUUCGAUGUGUCCAACAUCGAUUCCGGUCUGUGCACCCAUCUGAGCUACUCCUUCUUUGGAAUCAAUGAUAAUGGUGAGAUCCAGUCCCUGGACACCUGGCUGGAUUACGAUCUGGGCUUCAUCAACAAGGCGGUUAGCCUGAAGAACCAGAACUCCAACCUGAAGGUCCUGGCCGUCGUCGGUGGCUGGAACGAGGGCUCCACCAAGUACUCCUCGAUGGCCGGCGAUUGGUACAAGCGCCAGAACUUCAUCAACUCCGCCCUGAACCUGCUGCGCAACAAUGGCUUCGAUGGUCUGGAUCUGGACUGGGAGUACCCCAACCAGCGCGGAGGCAACUGGAACGAUCGUGCUAACUUUGUGACUCUCUUGCGCGAAAUUAAGGAGGCGUUCGCUCCCUAUGGUUAUGAGUUGGGUAUUGCUGUGGGCGCCGGCGAGUCAUUGGCCACUGCAUCCUACGAGAUUGCCAACAUUGCUCAGCAUGUCAACUUCAUCAACGUGAUGACCUACGACUUUGCCAUGGCCUCCGAUGGCCAGACCGGUUUCAAUGCCCCCCAGUGGGCCGUGGAGAACGCCAUCAACUUCUGGUUGAGCCAGGGUGCUCCGGCCAACAAGCUGGUGCUCGGCGUUGGCACCUACGGACGCUCCUUCCAGCUGUCGGACUCCUCCCAGAACUGGCCGGGAGCACCGUGCCGCGGUGAGGGCUCUGCUGGAUCCUACACUGGAUCUACCGGCUACUUGGGCUACAACGAGAUCUGCCAGAACAACUGGCACACCAUCUUCGACUAUGGAAAUGCCGCUCCCUACGCCUACUCCGGUGACCAGUGGGUGAGCUUCGACAACGUACUCAGUGUCCAGUACAAGAUGGACUUUGCUCUGUCCAAGGGUCUGGCCGGUGCCAUGAUCUGGUCCCUGGAGACAGAUGACUACCGCGGUCUGUGCGGUCAGUCCUAUCCUCUGCUCAGGACCAUCAACGAGAAGCUGCGUUGGUAAAAGGGAACUCCAAUUAUUAAAAAUAAAUGUUUGAACAUUGAAAA